AUGCUUGCAGUUGCCAGAGAAUUUAAGCUGGAGGCCACGCAUCAGUUCUCUCACACUGGGCGGCGCAUCGCAUCAUGGAAGAGUCCAAAAGGGCGGCUUGGCCUGAUUGACUACAUCAUGUUCGAUGCGGGUUUUGCCUCAGCAGUGAGGACGGAUGACACCCCCGAUCUCCAGGAUCUGCACUCUGGGGUGGACCACUACCCUGUAGCGGCCACGCUCAGGGCCCGCAUUGACGGCGCAAGACGGGAACAUCGCCCCCGAAUUUGCAGCCGAGCCAUCAAGACACAAUACGGGCAAUCCGUUUUGCGCAGGGCCUUGCUCACCGCGCCCACGCCAGGGUGGGAAGUGGACGCCACCAGCCAUGUUGAGGCUGUCCACGCACACCUGCACACUUUUGUGACCAAACACCUUCCCCCCGCGCCUGUGCCACCGCGCCACCCUGCCCUUACCGCAGCCACGCUAGAGGAAGUCAGACGGCGCCGCCUGCAGCGCCAGCGGCUGCGCGCCCUGAGUAAUCAGGAGCGCAAGGCCUUCUUGCUCUGUGUCUUCCGCGCUUGGCGGAACCAACGACCGCCCCUGAGCCAGUUCCUCCGCAUCUCGGCUUGUGUGGCCGACAACGUUGUUGAACUGCAUCGGCUCAACAAACGGGUUACAGCCUGCUUCCAGUCCGACAAAGCCCAAUUCUUGCGGGAGCAAACCACCCAAGCGCGGGCAUCCGGGCCAGCCGCCUUUGCACACAUGGUCAGGGCAGUCACGCGGCAGGGGAGACGCUUCAAAACACCGCAUGUCGUGCCCCUGCUCCACACCGCAGAUGGCCCAGCUGUCGGAGCCACACAGGUCAUGCAACAGCUUGGCAGACAUUUCGCGAAGCCGGAAAGAGCCCGGCCUGUCCCCGAAGGUGCCCUGCGCAAAACUGCACAGACCGUCGAGCCUCUCACGGCGGUGGUCGACGCACAGGAGUGCCCCACUUUUGCAGACUUGGUGCGUGGCUUCAAAUCUUUGCAGGGCGGACGAGCCAGUGGGCGUUCUGGCUUGCCAGCAGAGAUCUACCAGGCCGACCCGUUUCGCGCGAGGGCACUUUUCCUGCCGAUCGCAAUGAAAAUUGCGGCACGGGGCAUGAAUCCGCUUCAGUGGUGUGGGGGAAACGUCCACUCCAUACCCAAACCCAACAAAGACGCCACCACCUUGGGGGGUUGGAGGUCCAUCCUCCUCCUCGAGUCUGACGCAAAGGCGUACCAAAAAGCCUCAUUGCAAGCUCAUCGAACGGCUCGAGCAUGUGCGGACUGUCGGCCAAGACACCUUUUGUGGUUACGGACCAAAGGCCAUAGUGGCGGGGUCUUGUUCCUAGACUGCAAGGAUGCUUACUACUCUGUGGUGCGGGACCUCCUUGUCAGGGACCCUAAGUGCCAGUGGGACCCCGCACGGCUCCAGGAGCGAGCUCAGCUUCUGUUCGUGCACCGGCAAGACCAGCUGACGUUCAUAGAAGAAAUGACGGCGGGCAACUGGUCAAGGGCACUUGCGCUGCCACUCGAGCUGCAGCGUCUCCUUGCGGCGCACCUCCGUCACACUUGGUUCGCCGAUGGCAAUCCGGGAACCACGCUGUAUGAGACAGCAUCUGGCUCUGCUCCGGGGGCGCCAGUGGCUGACACCAUCUUUGCCUUCCUCUUUAGCCGCUUUCUCCGCGACCUCCAGGAAGAGAUGCGCGUCUUGGGUCUUUCGCCUCACCUUGUGCAGAACAUCCCGCCGGACAGCUGCGCCGAAGCGCCCACUUGGGCAGAUGACGUCGCCAUACUGUUCUGUGCUCCGGACGCGAAACAAGCCAGCCAAGCCCUCUCGUGCAUUGGCAAGAUGGCAAUCUUCGGGCUGUCCUCACUGGGACUGGAGGCAAACUUGGGACCAGGGAAGACUGAGGCCAUCAUCUCCCUACGCGGCGCCGGUUCCAAAUCUGCCAAGCAGGACAUGCUCUGUCAAGCCGUGCCGACGGUGCAUGUCUGCGCGCGGGGCUACGCGAGUGGGUCGUAUUGGGCUCAAACUAUUUUUCCACUGCUGGCAAAGAACCUUGAAAGGUCGUCGGCCAUACAAGUUUCCUACCAGUUCGAGAACCACUUGCUUGCAUAA